AUACUAUGGAUUCCAACGCAGAUGCAACUUCAGAAACUACCGGAGGAAGGUGUCUGCCCCGCGGUCCGACCGGGUCCAACACCUCCAGAUUUGAACUCCGUGUCCUUGACAAGCAUUUAGCUCUGUUCACCGAACUCCAGGGUGUCUGUGUGAGGGGGUGGGUUCCUGUAGCAGGGGCUAUUUAACGUGUGCUGACUGAGGAUUGCCCGAGUCAGUCAUGGGUCACCCUGGGAGUCAGAUGUGGACAUGGACACUGUGUGUCUUCUUGAGCUGGAUGUCUGUGGGUCAAGUGUUGGCCGGACCACAGUACAUGGUGGCUGUUCCUGCGGUUCUUGAAGCUGGAGCUGAAACCAAAUUCUGUGCGAGUCUCCUGCAGCCCAACGAGACUCUGGUCAUGACCGUCACUCUGAUCUCCCAAGAGACAAACACAACCUUACUCAAACAAACAUCCAGUGAAGAGUUUCAUACCUGUACUCACUUUAAGGCUCCUGUAGUGCAGAAUGAAGAGGUGCAGAAGUUCGAGGUGGAGGUACGAGGCGACACAUUUUACUCUAAAGAAAUCAGGAAAGUCAUGAUCAGAGUCUAUCAGCCAAUGACGUUCGUCCAAACAGAUAAACCAAUCUACCUCCCUGGACAAACAGUACAUUUCAGAGUCAUAACAUUGGACACCAAGUUGAGACCUGCCAGUCGGCUGUACAAUAUAAUUGAAAUUGAGGAUGCUAACAGUAACCGGAUCGGACAGUGGCUGAAUGAAACAUCCGAUGCUAAAAUAUUGCAGCUGUCUUACUCCCUGAACUCUGAGGCCAGUGAAGGAUUCUACCAGGUUGUUGUGUCGUUUGGUGAACAGAAACUUCAUCACAGCUUCAAGGUGGAGAAAUAUGUUUUGCCUAAAUUUGAUGUGAAAAUAAACACAACCGAUGAAGUAAGUAUCGAAGCGGAAGAAAUCAAAGCUGAAAUAUGUGCACAGUAUACAUAUGGACAGCCUGUGCCAGGCAGUGUUGAAGUUGAGGUGUGCCGACCUCUUCAACGCUAUACUUUGUCUUUAUCUGUUAUCACCCCUGACCAUCCAGAGGGAAUCCCUUUGGUGGAGGUCCCAUGCUUCAAGGAGACAAAGCAGACGGACAAGACAGGCUGUGCUGCUUUUACCAUCCCGAUGUCGACCUUCACAAAGAUGGACAAGAAAGCGGUGCAAGAUCACCUGCGGUUCAGAGUCAAAAUGGAAGAGGAAGGAACAGGUAUUUCACGCCCACAAGAGACGAGGAUACAGAUUUCUCAUGUUAUUGGGAAGCUGUCCUUUAUUCACACACCCAAGAUUUAUAACAAAGGAGAAAAUGUGGCGGGACAAGUCAAAGCAGUUCACUUCAAUAAUACACCCAUUCCUGACAUGAAGCUCUACGUGUUUAAGGGUGAAAGGUGGUCAGCAAGUCGGAUACAUAAUCUCACCACUGACAGCAAUGGCUUCGCCAGUUUCUCACUUAACACAGAAACCUUUGGAGGCGACAUCCAGCUCCACGUUAGCAAUAAACCAGAACUGGGCUACUCCGGUUAUAGAACUCCAUACUAUGAGGAUGGACAUCAUACAGUGUCCUUGGCCCAGGCUUCUACUCCUGAUACUAAAACAGUCAGCACCCUGGAGGUGAAGAAGAAGAAUGAACCACUUCCCUGUGACAAAGAAGAGGACAUCUCCAUCCGGUACACAGUGGUGGGAGAGAAACAGGGCUCUGUGCAUGUGAUGUACCUGGUCUUAUCCAGAGGAGCCAUUGUCACGCAAGGAUUUAAACAGGUUGAAGUUCAAGAUCAGUCAGUGAAUGAGGGCGAGGUGUCCUUUAAGUUCACCGUGAGUCCAGACUCAGCACCAGACAUCCAGGUGCUGGCUUACACCAUCCUGCCCAGUGAGACGGUGAUCGCCCACAGUGCUGACUUCUCCACAGAGAAAUGCUUCGGUCACAAGGUGUCGCUGGAGUUUUCUCCGUCCUCAGCCGUCCCAGGAGAGGAGACCACCAUGCAGGUGACGUCCCAGCCGGACUCUCUUUGUGGCGUGAGCGCUGUCGACCAGAGCGUCCUCAUCAAGGAGCCGGGGAAGAUUCUGAAUGCAGACAAGAUAUUUGGCUUGUUGCCUGUCAGCAAAUCAACGCAUAUUCCAUAUGAGGUGCAGGAUCCUGUCGAGUGCAUGCUUGUGAGACCAAAAAGAUACGUUUUGCCAUAUCCGUCUGAGAGAGAUGAUGCUUACACAGUUUUCGAGAAUAUAGGAAUGAAGAUGGCAACAAACUUGUUUAUCCGGACACCUUCAUGCCUCAAGUACAGAGGACGGGAAUACCACCACGGCCACCAUGGCCCCCACUAUGGUAUUGGUUACAGAUUUAACAGUGUUCCCGUGGUGGCCAGAAUGGAUGUAGCACUAGGAUCAGCUGGUAGUGCAGGGGGAGACUAUCCUGAGCCUCCACCAUUACAGACAGUCCGCACUUUCUUCCCUGAGACCUGGAUAUGGGACCUGGUGGAAGUUGGAGAGACUGGAACAAAGGAUGUGUCCCUCACCGUCCCAGACACCAUCACCACCUGGGAGACGGAGGCUUUCUGUUUGUCCCCUCAGGGUUUUGGCUUGGCUCCCCGUAAAGAAAUCACUGUCUUCCAGCCUUUCUUCCUCGAGCUCACCCUGCCCUACUCCAUCAUCCGGGGGGAGCACUUUGAACUGAAGGCAACCAUCUUCAACUACCUGUCCACUUGCAUCAUGCUCACUGUGACUCCAACACCCUCCUUAGAUUACACUCUCACCCCACUUUCUGGUGACGAGUACACAUCCUGUUUGUGUGGCAAUGAGCGCAAGACCCUCAGCUGGACCAUGGCCCCUUCAGUCCUAGGGGUUAUGAAUGUGACUGUGUCUGCUGAGGCUGUGGCAUCCCACACUUCAUGUAACAACGAGGUUGUGAGCAUGCUGGACAGAGGUCGUAUCGAUGUGGUCACACGAUCUCUCAUUGUAAAGGCUGAAGGCACUGAGAUGACAAAGACCCACAACUGGCUGCUCUGUCCAAAAGGAGAGGCUUUGACGGAGGAAAUAGACUUACAGCUCCCUGAGAAUGUGAUUGCUGGAUCCGCCCGUGCUUCACUAUCAGUCCUGGGUGACAUUCUGGGCCGAGCCCUGAAAAACCUGGAUGGGCUGCUACAGAUGCCGUAUGGAUGUGGUGAGCAGAACAUGGCGCUCCUGGCUCCCAACAUCUACAUCCUCCAGUACCUGAAAAACACAAAGCAGCUGACCCCAGCCAUCCUGGAGAAGGCCACCAACUUCCUGACCAGUGGCUACCAGAGACAGCUGAACUACAAACACGGAGACGGUGCUUACAGCACAUUCGGAUCAGGACCAGGAAACACCUGGCUGACUGCUUUUGUGUUGAGAUCUUUUGCCAAAGCUCAGUCUUUCAUCUACAUUGACCCAAAAAAUAUUGAAGAGUCUAAGACUUGGCUGGAGAGUACUCAACGAGAAAACGGCUGUUUCCUGGCGUCAGGAAAACUUUUUAACAACAGAAUGAAGGGUGGUGUGUCUGAUGAAGUGACUCUCAGUGCUUACAUCACUGCUGCCUUCUUGGAGAUGAAAAUCUCUGCUACUGAGGAUGUGGUGAAGAAGAGCCUGUCCUGCCUCAAGGAGUCCAUCGGUGAACUCAGCAACACCUACACUACAGCUCUGCUGGCGUACGUCUUCACCCUGGCAGGAGACACAGAGACACGUGAUCACCUUCUGCAGCACCUAGACACCGUCGCAGUGAAACAAGGGGGUCUCCUCCACUGGUCUCAGACAGCAACAGAUACUUCAGCCUCUCUGUCUGUGGAGAUCAGCUCCUACGUUAUGCUGGCUAAACUCAGUGCCUCCCCCACUCCUGAAGACCUGGGCUACACCUCUGGCAUCGUCAGAUGGUUGACAGGCCAGCAGAACCAUUAUGGAGGCUUCUCCUCCACACAGGACACGGUGGUGGCUCUUCAGGCUCUGGCUCUGUACUCCACUCUGGUGUUCAGUCCAGAGGGUUCGAGCACAGUGACCGUCCAGUCCCCCAGUGGCCAGCUGACAAUUGAUGUGAACCAAAACAACAAGCUGCUCUACCAGGAGAAGACGCUGCCCGACGUGACGGGAAAGUACAGCCUGGAGGUGAAGGGCACUGCAUGUGCUUCAAUGCAGAUUUCUGUUCACUACAACAUCCCAACUCCUACUGAUGUCACAACCUUAAGUGUUGAGGUCAUACCAGAAGCUGUGUGCAACAACAAAUCUCAAAGACCCAAACUCAAUUUGAAGUUUAAGUCUCUAUAUAGUGGAAAGGAGACCACUACCAACAUGGUGAUCCUGGAUAUCAAAAUGCUUUCUGGCUUUGUCCCAGACCCAGAGUCUCUGAAACGGCUCCAAGGUGCUUUGCUGGUGGACCGUGUUGAACAAAAGAAAGACCACGUUAUGGUCUACAUUCGGGAGUUACCAAAGGACAUAGACAUCAACCACAGCUUAGAGCUCAUACAGGAGCUCCCAGUGCAGAACCUGAAGCCAGCCGUGGUCAAGAUCUAUGACUACUACCAGCCAAGUGACCAGGCUGAGACACAGUACAUCUACCCUUGUGCUGCAGCUUAAAGAGAGAAGUGUGGUCAGUCAUCAGGUUGUCACGGUUACCAGCAUAUUUAAAAACACCAGCAUUUUUAUUAGAAACAUUUUGUGUACCUUGUGAAACUCCAUGUUUGUUUGUGUAGACAGACACGUACAAACCAACAGUCAACAUUUGCUCAACACAUUUACUGUGUAACUACUGUAUGUGUCUAAAUGUGUCUGAAACUAAUGUAUAAUGCACAAUAAAGUAAAGUGAUAUGAAUGUCCCACUCAGAA